GUUCGCUGUUCGCUUCCGCCGAACAGAGUUCGCUUUCCUCUCAGCGAAGUGUCGUCGACGCGGAACUCGGUGCGUGUGUUCGCGGUGCCGCUGGCUCUCUUUGUCCGCAGAAAAGGAGCAAAAUGUGCGCCGUGCGGCUGCUGCGCGUAUCGGUGCACGAGCGGCUCGGCGCCGCCGCCGAAGACGUUCUGCUGCGGGUGGAAAAGGGAGAAGAAGCGGCUGAAACGGCGGCACUGAGAGCGCUGCUCACCGAGCGGCUAGCGGCGGCUGCGGAGGAGAUUGUCGGUCUGUUCGAGGAAACCGUGGCGGAGUACGAAGAGCGAGCGGAGCGGUCGGAGCGGGAGAUCUGUCGCCAGAGGAGGCUGCUCGAUGCCGUGCUGAAGCCCGAGGUCAGGCUGCACAGGGCAGAUGUCCAGCAGCUGUGGGAGACUGAAGAGCAGCAGGACUGGAACUCCAGUCUGGACCAGGAGGACCCAGAGCCCCUCUACAUUAAAGAGGAACAGGAGGAACUUUGGACCAGUCAGGAGGGUGAACAGCUGAAAGGACUGCAGGAUCUAGAAAUGAAGGUGUUAUCCACUCCUGUUAAAAAUGAAGAUGAUGAAGAGGAAGCUCAGUCCUUACAGUUUUAUCAGAGACAAACUCAACAGAUGGGAACAGAAGUUGAGAGAGAGGACUGCGGAGGACCAGAACCAAACAGGAACUCAGUUCUAAAUUUACAACCAAAUAAUGAAGACCAUUCACCUUGCUCUUCUGAGACCGAUGACUCUGAUUGGUCACACACCAAAAAAGCCUGUUUUCAUCUUGAUACUCAGAAACUCAACCGAGUCUCUGAGAGUGAUAUCGGCUCUUCUGGAAAGGAGAGACCAUUUCCAUGCUCCUAUUGUGGGAAAACUUUUAGCCUGAAGGGCAAUUUGAACAGACACGUCAGAGACCACACCGGCGAGAGGCCGUUCCCGUGUACGGGUUGUGAUAAGACAUUCAAAGACAGCGGGUCCUUGACGGCUCACAUGAGAUGUCACACUGGGGAACAACCCUACAGCUGCCUUUUCUGUGGGAAGAACUUCAGCGGGCGAGGAAACAUGACCCGACACAUGAGGAUCCACACCGGGGAGAAACCUUUCACCUGUCCUGUGUGCAGCAAAAGCUUCCAUGUAAAAGAACACCUUAAUAGACACAUGAAGUACCACACAGGGGAGAAACCAUUCAGCUGCUCGAUCUGCGGCAAAGGGUGUGCUCAGAAGACAGACCUGAAGAAACACAUGAGGGUUCACACUGGAGAGAAACCCUUCAGCUGUCCGUUUUGUGGGAAGUGCUGCUCUGAAAAAGGAGACUUGACCAAACACAUGCGAGUCCACACUGGAGAAAAACCCUUCAGCUGCAAUGUGUGUGGGAAGAGUUGUGCCCAAAAGGGAAGCCUGAAAAUUCACAUGAGGGUCCACACAGGGGAGAAACCCUUUAGUUGCUCUGUCUGCGGAAAAUGUUUCACUGUCACUGGACAUUUAAAGCGACACAUGAAGCAGCAUUUGGAUGCUGGCGGUGAGGCAGGCGGUGGCGAUGAUGGUGGCAAAGCAGACGUUGGUUCCGAUGGCAGUGGCGGGGAGGUUGCUCUUGAGGGGGAUGGAGCCGAUGUCUGUUCAAAAGUAGAGCAGGAAGUGGAGCCUUUGAACACAUGAUGUUUCUAUGUCUUUUGUCAAGAAGAAGACAGUUUGGUCAUUAAGCCUUUCAUUUUGGGGGCUCAGAGCUUUUGUAGUUCUCUACAGAACUAUGUGAGGUAAGGAUAAGCAAUGCCUUCAUCAAUGACGGAGAACACAUCUGGCGUGCCAUCUAGACUGAGUCCAGUCGAUCCAGUAAAGUUGUUGCUUGAUUGCUGCAUUCGAAGAUCAUUUAACUUUCUGGACUCACCUCCGAGACUUUGCCAGAACCCAUCAGGUCAGGGUCUUCAUCAGACCUUAAGGUUUGCGCUUAACUAUCUUCUCCAGGCAGCAGAACUUUGCAUUGUGGGAUAUGGAAGGACAUUGACACUUCUGGACCUGGAGUUUCUCGAUAAAAAUAAUUAUUAAAUAAUAAAAUCAACAUAAAUUAACAACUGUUGCUUCAUCUUUAGUGGUGAUUUGCAUUAAAACACAAUUCAAAGAAUACAGAAAUGAAUUAAAGCUGCAAGCAGCGUUGGAUGGGUCCUCGCUACUCCUUGCACGUCGGGGCACUGGCUGAACGGUUACAAAUGCGGCCGUCGGACGAAGCGUUCACAAGUCAGUGGUCGUUAACCAUCGUUAACGCCAGGAAUGCCGCUUUGCAAACUUUAUCUUUGACAUUACCAUGGUCUUGGGCCUUUUAUGUCAACCUAUAACCAAGACCUUCUGAUGUACCAUUCAAAAAUUAAAGCCUCUCAGAAUACCAUACAUGAGCCAAUUUCCUUCAAAAUCACAAUACUACUUCUGGUCAAUUCUAGAUUAGAUUUAAAAUAAAACAAUCAAUAGUUACAUGAGGAAUUCACUUUAGAUUGAAGUACACAUCCCCAAGAAGUCACUUAUGGAUAACCAGGACAUUCUGAUUUACCAUUCCAAAAGUAAAGCCUCUCAAAAUACCAUAAAUGAGCUGAAUGGUGUCCUUCAAAAUCAUUCGCAAGACUACUUUUGGUCAAUUUCAGGUUAUAAAUAAAAGGUAACUAAAAAUAGUUAUGUCAAGUCAGCAUGGUGUGACUUGGUGAUAACCAGGACAUUCUGAUGUACCAGUCCAAAAUGUUCAUGUCUCUCAAUAUCAGGCUGAAAAACAGCAUGGGUGUUAAAUAAUUUUUUCAAUUCUUUCAGAUUGGACAUCAUUUGUUGUUAUUGAUAUUAU